UUUUGACAAUUCUCCAGUUCACCAACAAGAGCGGAUCUCUCACUCACUCACACACACACACACACUCACACACACACUCUCUCUCACACACACACACACACUCACACUCACACACAUCAGUCCCUGGUGGACACGUGCAGGUCUCGUGCACAGGACAGUAGUGUGACUGUGCAGAGUUCAACACACCCGGACAAGUUCAUCCUAAAUGUUUACAAACGGAGCCAGGACGAGCCAGCGGUGACGUCAUCAGUCCGUUUCAUUGACACAGCACGUAAAUAGUAUUGUGUGUGUGUGUGUGUGUGUGUGUGUGUGUGUUCAGUAUGGGACAUCCUCCACUCGAGUUCAGUGACUGUUACUCAGACAGCCCCGAUUUCAGAGACAAUCUAAAGAUUUACGAGAUCGAGCUCGACAAAACCAGCAAGUUUCUUAAAGACGUCAUCAAAGACGGAAAUGGCGUCAUCGCCGCAAUCAGAGGCUACUCUCUGGCUGUACAGAAGUUCUCUCACACCCUGCAGACGUUCCAGUUCAACUUUAUUGGCGACACACUAACUGAUGAUGAGAUAAACAUCGCUGAGUCGUUCCGGGAGUUUGCUGGUCUGCUGCAGGAAGUGGAGGAGGACAGAAUGAUGCUGGUGCAGAAUGCUUGUGAUCUUCUUAUUAAGCCUCUGGAGAAGUUUAGGAAAGAUCAAAUUGGUGUUACAAAAGACCGACGUAAGAAGUUUGAGAAAGAGAGUGAGAAAUAUUACUCUCUAUUGGACAAACACCUGAACCUGUCAUCAAAAAAGAAAGAGACUCAACUACAGGAGGCGGAUGAACAGCUGGAGAAGGAGAAACAGAUGUUCUACGAGUCCUCAGUGGAAUAUGUUAAUCAGAUCCAGCAGGUUGAGGACAGGAAGAAGUUCGAUAUCGUGGAGCCUGUGUUAGCGUUCCUGCAGAGUAUUCUAACUCUCAAUAAUCUGACUGUGGAGAUGACUCAGGACUUCAUGCCUUAUAAACAGGAACUCCAGCUCAGCCUGCAGAACACACGUAAUCAUUUUGAGAGCACACGUGAGGAGAUGGAGGAGCUGAUGAAGAGGAUGAAACAGCCCAAACCUGUCUUUGUCAGACAGCAGCCAACCAUCGAGGGUUACCUGUACGUCCACGAGAAAUGGGCCUUGGGGAUGACCUGGGUGAGGUAUUACUGCAGAUAUAUGAAGAACGAUAAACUGUUAGUGAUGCUGCCAACUGAACAGAAACCUGCAACCAAACAGGUUCCUGUUGAACUCACCGUAAAGUUGUGUUUUCGCCGUAAAAGUGACUCCAUCGAUAAACGCUUCUGCUUUGACAUUGAGACUCUGGAGAGGUCAUCGGUGACUCUGCAGGCGAUGUCCGAGUCUAACAGGAAGCAGUGGAUGGAGGCGAUGGAUGGAAAAGAGCCGAUUUAUUGUUCUCCGAUUCACAAACAAGCUGAAAUGGAACUGAACGAAGUCGGGUUUAAGUUUGUGAGGAAAUGCAUCAACGUCGUGGAGGCAAAAGGUCUGACUCAGGAGGGGGUUUACAGGACCGUCGGAAGCAACAUCCAAGUGCAGAAACUGCUGAACGCCUUCUUUGACUCAAAAUGUCCUGGUGAUGUGGAUUUGGACAGCAGUGAGUGGGACAUCAAAACCAUCACCAGCGCCAUGAAGUUCUAUUUGAGGAGCCUGAGUGAACCACUAAUGACUUACAACUUGCACAGGGAUCUUAUCAGUGCAGCAAAAUCAGAGAAUGUAGAUUACCGGUUGGGGGCCGUGCACUCUCUGGUGUACAAACUGCCAGAGCAGAACCGUGAGAUGCUGCAACUGCUCAUCAAACACCUGGUCAGUGUUUGUGGUCAAAGCAGAGAGAACCUGAUGACGCCGUCUAACAUGGGCGUGAUAUUCGGCCCGACCCUGCUGAGAGCCGAGGAGGAGACGGUGGCGGCCAUGUUGGAUAUAAAGUUCCAGAACAUCGUCAUUGAGAUCCUGAUCGAGGACUACAAGAAGAUCUUCAGUGGUCCUCCUGAGGAAAGCUCCACCCCUCCUGUCCCGCCCCCGAGGGUGGUGCUGAGAAAACGACAGCCGAUCACGAUCUCCAAGAGGCCUCCCAGGUUCCACCCCCCACUAAAGAUCGCUCUCUUCGAGAGUCAAGAGCAAAACGGUGCGGCGCACGACGGGUCCGAAUCUGGAGCGGACGUCUCCGGCGCCGGUCCGGUUCCACCUCAGAGGGUUAAAUUAGUCCCUCCCUCUGUGGCACCACCUUCCAUACCUUCAUCUCGUGCUCCUUCUCAGCGCCAGGCUCUGCUGCCCAAACCCACCAUCCACCAGGAACGCUUCUCCGACUCGGACGUCUCCAAGCUGGUGUCUAGGAUACAGGAUGCCGGUCAGCGUUUGGACAACGGGAACUCCAAAGCACCGGUCGGAAGAACGCAGUCAUUCCAGAUGAGAAAACCUCCACAGCGGGUCGUCACGGCAACCAGAGAUGCUGAGAGCGACGUGAUGAGGAGUCGCCCUGCUUUAGAGAAAAGUCCGAUCUGUCGACCCCCGAUACGACCUCCAGACCCACCGUCACGAUGUCCGACUAAUCAGAAAACACAACAAAGUGACACACCACCAUCAUAUGUUGCUUCCAAAACCAAGUUUUUUGAAAAUGCUUCCAGACAAACUGGAAGCUCUUCAGCUCCAUCAUCAUCAUCAUCCAGCAGUGACCUGCCCAGAUAAGAGCUGAGACCCUCGUCAUCAAACCUCAAGAGAGCUCGAAACCGGACUUUCAGAAGCUACGUCUUUAUCAUCUUCAUCAUCGUCAUCAUCAGCAGCAUUAUUAUUAUUAUUAUUAUUAUUGGUACAUUUCUGAUACAGCUGCUCCUACAUUGCCCCUUGUGCCCUAUUCCCUACCCCCUGUUCCCUACUUAGGGCUCACUGUAUUUCCUUCUGCUCUUUACGCCUGACCUGCUUUAGUUUUCAGGAUGUUUUACACCACGCCUUAAAAACCCCACGAUGUUCUCUACAAAAACAUUUCCUCUAAAUAGUGCACUACAGACCUACCCUAACAUUCCUGCGUUAGGGAGGGAUGCAGGAUUGGAAACACAGCCUGCUCGUCCACUACAAACACACACACAAGUAUCUAAGUCUCUUUAAUUAAAGAUUAAAACUAGACGUCCGGUUACGGCUCGUUAGAAAUGUUUACAGUGUAAAAAAAACUCGAUAAUUAACAUAGUGAGUGUUUAUUUCUCUACAGGUUAAAGCGGUGUCACGACCUGAGACACAAAUCUGAGGUGAAUCAGUCGUGUUUAAGUUCUCAGCACAGACUGGUCACGGUGGAAACCUUUAAAAAGUCGUUUUCACGCCAGAAAACGCCGAUGAAUACGAACUUCUUCAAACGAGUCGCGAUGAACCAAGCGCGCGUCCGCUGCGUUUAUAAAGCGUUUAAAUGUGAAAGGUUUCGGUUAUUAAACCUCACGCUGACUCGAGGCUGAGUUCAUGCUGGAUAAAUUGUUUUAUUAAAGGUGAGAGCGACGGUUUGGAACACAAGCACCGCGGCCACUUCGGCUGAUCUUUACAGUUUGGAGAUCAGGUCUGAAGCCGUUAAAGCACUUUGUUUUCUCGGAGUUCUGAAGGUUCUGACGUCAUGCAGGUCGUUCAGCUAUACGUUACACAUGAGCACUAAGACCUCACUAACUAAACACUCUGUACCCACAAACACAUGUUCUCAUUAUUCUCACUGCAAAAACACGCUGUAAAUGACUCCAGCUUUCUGUCCGUUAAAAGGCCGAGGAGCUGCAGCCAGCAGCCGGGAAGCGUCAUGGGAAAUUCGCUUUUUUAUUGAAAUGAUUUAAGCAUGACUAUAUGAAAAUAAAAAAAAUUACUUAACGGUCCUGAAAAAAUCCCAAAACAACGAGCACAAGAGGAACACGAACCCGUUUACAAAAAAAAAACCUUCUUGAAUUUCUCCUGUUUUUUUUAUUAUUUUCUUUCCUUUUUUUCUUCAUACUGUCUGUUAUUCUCCAUUAAAUUCUCCUUUUUGGCUUUUAAACACUAAUUCAGGACGGAGUGUAAGAUUAAAGCUCCAGAAACUCCCACUCUUCCUGAAAAAAAAAAAUUUAUAGUCUAGAUUUCCGGUUAUGGAAAACACCUGGGAAAAUCCUAAAAGGGAUGAAAAGCAAGUGAGACUUCAGUCAGAAGGAAAAGGAACGAAACGAAGAUAAAGAAACGAACACUUAAAGGUUUGUACACUUAAAUCUUACGUCAUCUCGGUGUGUGGACUUUAGUUCAAAUCUCUAUCUCGACUCCGAGGUACUGAUCGGAAUAAAAAUCCUAAAGAUCCAGCAGCUUGUCAUGUUACCAUAGAAACCACAAAGAAGUGAAAAGUCUUUUGUCCUUAAGAUGUGGAGAAUUUCAAGUUUCACCUCGGACACUGGACACACACACACACACACAGACCUUCGUUCUGUAGUUAUGGUUAUUAUGGGAUGUCGCUCUAAGUGAAGGGCGUGUUGAUCAGAACAUUGGACACCGACCAAUUCACUCUGACUACAGCAGGUGGAGAUGAUCAGUGAGGAUCAGUACAUCAGAGUCCUGGUGCAUGUUUGUCGCUCCUGUGUAAGGACUAAUCCCCAUCACGGUGAACACGCUGCCGUUCGUCACGCUCGGCUGCAGUCACGUGACGCCGCCGCUGUGUAAACAUUUGUCCUUCGUGUCCACGUGAAGCCUGAAUGUGAAGAACAUCCUGAAAGGACGUUUUAUUUCUUCACCAAACAAAACGGAUUCAGGACACGGAUCGUCUGUCAGCCGACAUCCCUUGUGAUUUUGUUCGAUGUUUUGUUUUGACUUUUUUUUAUUGUUCUAACGUAACGUAUCUGUAACUCACUAAACUCUGUACAUCUUUCCUCCGAAUGUACCGAAGGAUAAACGUCUGAACCACA